UAUUCUCUCGUGACUGCAGCUAUGCCUGAGACAACGAGCCAACCGGUGAUCCGCAGCCACUUCGUGAGCCGCGUGACGAGCCUGCCGGUCGUGUCGACAGCGCUCGACACAGCCAAGCAGUCCUACAACCAGGUCAAGGACAGCAGCGGCCUUCUGGGCUACACGCUCAGCACGGCCGAGAAGUCGGCCGCUUACGCCGUGGGCCACUCUCUGCCCCUGCUGGAGAAGUUCGCCCGACCCAUAAACUACGUGGACAGCUUGGCCUGCAAGGGUCUGGACCGCAUCGAACAGAGCUACCCGGCCGUCAAGCAGAACUCGCCGCAGGACAUCAUCAAGGACGCGACCUCGUUCGGCCUGAAGAAGUACGUGGACGCACGAGACUACGGCGUCAGCCUGGCCUCGCAGGCGGUGCACGCCGUGAGCCACCCACGCGAGACGCUGACCAACGCGUACCAAGUCUGGAGCCAGCAGGCCCGAGAGCAGGGCGUGAGCGCGCUGGCGGCGGCUGAAGACUCGCUGGACAAGGAACUGGCGUCACUUGGCGUCUCGGUCAAGAAGAGCCAUUACGAGCCGAAGGGCGAGGUGGUGCAUCGCGUGGCCAGCGUGGUGCAGAAGUCGCGCCAGUGCCUGACGCUCAGUGUUAUGCAGCAGUACGAUCUGUUCCAGCAGCGCGCCUCGCAGAUAGCCACACAACUGCUGGAGGCGCUUGGCUUGCUGUCCAAGAUGAAGGACGGCCUCCUGGACGGAAACAAGAGCUUCAAGGACAUCCUCGACGAUCUUCAUUCGGACGCCGCGUGGCUCAAAGCUCUGCUCAACGACCCUCACCCGGAGAUAAUCAAGACCUUGCCCGGCAAAGCCCUGAUCAUGUCUCAAAACGCCGUUCACCAAGCCGUCGCCGUCGUCGCCGAGCACUCGAUGCUGGUCCGCAGUAUCCAGGAAACGUACGUCAGGAUCUCGCCCGAACUGUACAAGCGACUCGCCCCCAUCGGCCACCUCGCCAACGAAUCGGUCGCCAGGGCGUACGAUCGACUUUCCCACCUCACGGAAAGCUUGCGGCAGACCAUCCAAGCCCUGCUCAGUCACAUUCCUGCACUGCCUUUUCCACAAAAGACAGUUGAAAAAGAAGAGGACUCGGAAGGGGAUGACGAAGACAGUUUGACGGAUUCUGAGAAUUAGUUGCUCUACUGUUACUUUCUUGUAUGUACGAUUGUAUAAAUGGGAACAUUUAUGUGUGUUAAUUACUCGUGAAUUGUACUGAAAGUUAAUGUCGCUGGAACUAUAGUUUGUAUUGCUGGUAAUAUAAAGAGAACACAAUUUAUUUUUACGAAUAAAAAAAUGUGAGAAUGAGAACUUAA